GAGCCGCUCUUCUGUGCAUUCAACCUCCGACCAAGAUGCUGUCCCUCGUCCUCGUCCUUCUGGGCGUGAGCGCCUGCUUCGCCGGUCGCUACGGUGCUGGCGCUGGCCUGGGCACCGGCCUGGGUUACGGCGGAUACGGUGGCGGCUUAGGUGCGGGCUACAACCAGCAGGCUAGCGCCUGGCAGGGCGGCUUUAUUCUGGGCCAGCAGGCUAGGACCUUGUGGGGCGGCUUAGGUGCGGGCUACAACCAGCAGGCUAGCGCCUGGCAGGAGGACUUCAAUGACGGCGCAUCUGGACACAACCAGGGAAGCGGAGACUUUGACUGGGGCGACGCCUACUGGAAUGUCCAGGGCCUUAUCAACCAGGAUGGACACUGAACUGGGUUCGGGCAGGGCAGCACCGGCUUCGACAGGCGUGCGUCCGGCGCUAACGGAUGAUUCGGAAGCCAGAGAUACCUCAGCCAAUAUGGCGGCAUUGGUGGUUACUAAGCUGCUCUAACGCCAUGCUUUCCUAUAUCGCUCGCCUGUACACGUCAGAUGAACUAGUCUCGAGCGGCAAAGACAUCGCGCUGCACGACGACGGAAGCUCACGUAUACCAACAAAACCUCAAAUCUGACAGGACCGGCGACAGCGGUAGAUGUUAACUGUACAGACGGAAUGAAAAAAUAAACGAUUUCAUUCACAGUUAUGAAACUUUGUAAGUGAUUUCAGUGACUGUGGUUGGCCUCUUCGUCAUGGUAUAUAUCCGGGGUUCAAGCGUAUACUGGGCCGGUAUAAUUUAUGAAUUCCUUUCGCUUGAAUCAAUUGCUUUUUUUAUCAUCCACAAAUAACGACCCACCGGUAUAGGUGAUUACGCGGGCCGAGCGCCUUCUGGAACACUGACGAACCGAGAAAAAAAAGAAAACAAUUGGAAUGGACA